AUGAAGACCUUCGCCAUCCUCUGCCUCCUCGGUGCCGCUCUUGCUGCACCGGCACCCCAGGCACCUUGCCCUUCUCAGGUCGUUCAAGCGCCUCCUCAGGCUCCUCAGGCUGGCCAAGCUCCUCAAGCUGGCCAAGGAGCUGGCGGCAACUGCGCCGACAUCCAAUCCAAGCUCGCAAAGGGCAUACAGGCCAACCUCGACAUCCAAGCCGCCGAACUCAAAGGCGUCUACGCCCUAAAGCUCCAAGCCGGCACCGCGGGCUUCAACACGACCCAGCAAUCCGUGCUAUCCAUCCAAAAGCGGGGCGUCGACAUCCGCGCCAACAACCAGAAGCUCGCCGCGCAGAUCAAGUCGCCUGCUGCUGAUGGCCUGGCUAUUGUUGCUGGAGCCCAGACCAAGGAGAUUGGCCAGGUGCAGAGCCUGAAGGGGACGGGUGCGGAUGCGCCGGUCAUUGCUAUGUUGGUGCAGGAGGUUAUGGAUGGUACGAUGCAGAAUCAGAAGAACCUUGCUGCGGCUAAGGGACAGAUUUGUGCGAAGUAG